UGUAAAACAAAAUAUGAGGUUACACAUUUUAGUUUUCGUUCAGGCUGCUGUUCGUUUCGUUCAUCUUCAAAUUACUUAUGUUCUCUCUCGUGACUGCCGUGUCUCACCUAACCAAGAUUUCCUCUUACACCAUCCCGUUACAAAGUUCCUGCAAGUUGACAAUCUUGAAGGCAGUAUGGUUGUAUUAUCUCAUAACAUGACUUCUUAUCCACGCAACUUCUCGUGUGAGCUUGUUGUGCAUUCACCGAUUGAGAAUGCCAGAAUUAUGAUGAAAAUUGAGGAAUUUUAUGUCCCCUCUAAGACUCGCAAUUGUGUUGAGAAUUACUUAUAUGUAUUCGAUUCUAAUACAGCAAAGUCCAAGGCUAUGACAGAAGCUGGUGGAGAACGUGGUUUAUGUGGACCGAAUUAUCCGAAGUAUCUUAUAUUUACGAAAAAGUCCUACAUAUGUUUAGCUUUCCAUACCUCAUCUCGACGACCUCCCAUUUUACCCGGUGUGAAACCUGGAUUUCGAGUUAUUCUUACUGCAAUUCAAGAAACUCGAAAUAGUAGUUGUCCAUCAAGCAACUUUUACUGCAGUGCAGUUCCUCGUUUCAUGGGGGCAAAUUCUAUGAUAACAUCAACUUCACUUAGUGCAGAUAGCCGGUUGUAUGGAUCAUUCUUAUCUCCUCCUCAAUAUAUCCGUAGUUUAGAUGACGACAGAUUUCCACCUAAUCAUGAUAAACAAUAUAUGGGAUAUUGUAUUACAAAGAAGAGUUUAUGCGAUGGUAUUACGAACUGUGAAGAUAGGAAAGAUGAAGAUAUUUCUCAUUGUCAAGCUUUUAUUGAUAUGGAAGAUCCAAACAGUCCACUACUUGCUAAUGAUGAUUUGAUUGAUGUUAAUAGCUGGUUAUCAGGUUUAUUGUCACUUGGUAUGCCGGCGUCUAUUGCUAUAGCUGUUAGUACAAUUGUUAUUCUUAUAUUGGGUAUUGGAGUUGUGAUAUGUUGUUGUCAUCGUUGUUGUCUAAUCAAUCAAACAUAUAAUAAUCAGUAUUCAAAUAAUAGACUUGCGUUUAGAAAUGGUGGAAUUUUUUUAGAUACUUUCAGUCGUCCUAUAACUGCAGCAAAUAAUAAUUAUAGUUAUUCUAGAUCACAGCAUCUAGGUGUAAUGUCCGUCAAUACUGGUGCACAGUCACAGUUAUCAGAUCGUAUAAAUUUGAUAUCUCAUAUAGACGGUGAUCAACAGAAGAUUGAUAGGAAUUGGCAGCAGAGUGCUUCCUUUCCUCCAGACAUAUUGAUGACAAGGGGGGGAAGCUUUUCACGACGUAACUGUAAUGAACCUAACCAACAUCACCAAACGUUCAAUCAGUAUUUGACAUCAUCCCAAAAUAUGACUACAGAAAAAGAAUCCCGAUUACACUGUUUUACCAAAACUCCUUUGAAGCUACCACUGUUAGAUAGGUAUUAUCCUUUGUUAAAUCCUCCCAAUGAAACUAUGCGAUCCCAGUAUUUUGUUUCUGUCGGUCAUCAUGGUAGUGACUCCUAUUCAUUAACUAAUAACAAUUCGGCCAGAGUAUAUGAUCUUCAAAAUGGUCAACCAGGGCCUCUUCCUGCUCUAAUUCACGGGGCCCUAGGCAGUCCAUGCACUUACAGAAGAGAUCCAUUGUAUUAUACACCACCACCCCAUGGGGCAUUUAAUGUUCCCCCUGCCAGCAUCGUAACAGCAAGUAGCAGUCGAACUGGAACAACUAGCGGUGGUCCACGUGAAUCUGUAAAGUCAGGACGUGAUCAAUCAGUUCCUACAAUGGGUUAUAACACUUCAGGGAAUGGAAGUGGUAUCGGAAUAUGUAAUCAACAGUUAGAUGGAGUAGAAUCAGUAUUACAUACUAAUACGCCUAUAGAAUCUAUAUCACAUGGCGGUGACCUUAGCUUGAAUGGCGGUAUCCUUUAUUUGGGUAACAUGUACAGACCUUUAUCUCCACAAAAUUCCAGUUUAUUUCAAGUAGAGAAUCUUGGUCGUAGUUCAGUUACUACUACCGGUAGCGGUAGUUCAUGUGAUCGAAAAUCUCAUCACUAUUUCCUUAGAGAAAUAAAGUCUCAUCAUGACGACACUGAAGCAUAUCUACAGAGAAAUCCUCAUCAACAGUCUACUUAUGAUUUAUUUAAGAAAAGUUCUAGACGUUCAAAAACAUCCUCUCGUCCUCAACAUCACCAUCAUCUAAAACAUAAGUCAAUUGAUCCUAAUCAUACUAUUUCGAUUGGUUCACAUACAUCAGCUAGUUCACGUUCUGGUGCUUUGCUUAAUUUACCCCAAUUAUCUUAUGAUGAUCACGAACAACCUUUUAGUCGAUUUCUAAUAUCUGCUGUAACAACUUUUUCUAGUGAUACUGGACCAUCAAACCACCAACCUAUAGUAUUCCCUGUACAGUUGUAAACGUGCGUAAAGCCGUUAAAAACCAAAUCAGUAAUGCUUCAGGAUAUUUAUUUUGAAUUUUCUUCAUUAAAGUAAUAGAUAUCCGUUUUAAUUAUUACCUAAACACAAAUAAAGUGUUGGAAAUUUUAUUUCUUGUUGUUUAUUUGUUUGGUCAAUCGUAAAAUUGUUAGUCAUGUUGUUUUCUUUUUGAUUCCAAUGUUGGUAUUUUUUCCUAAUCAUGUGUAGUUGUGAUUUCGUUGCAUUUCACCUACUUACUUGACAUUAUUGUGUUUUGUUAUAUAUGUCACUCCUUUUUUGUUGUGAAUUAGUUGUAGUAAGGCUCACGUAAUACUGUAUGUAUAUACACAGAGUUGGUUUAAGUUGUAAACAAUUUAUCUAAAAUGUAUGACAUCUCGGUUUUAAUUAUUUUUUUAAACUUCAACUACAAACAGGGUUUUUUCUAUGUUGUUUUACUAUUUUACAUGACAAACUAAUCGUACUAUGUGGACUCUCAUUUCCUAUAUUUUUCCCUUGCUUAUAAGAUGUGGAUGUGUAAUAUAAAAUAACUUUUAAACUGUUUAAUUUUCUUUUUUGUCAUUUAAAAUAAUUGUGUUGAUAUUUUCGUUAUCUCUGAAGAUGUUGUUUUUCUGGAGAUCCAUCCUUUAGUCUAUUCAUAUAAAUAUUCGAGUACCAAUUAAUCGAUCAUCAGCUCAGAACCCACUCUUCUCAGAGCGCUCCGUUAGUCUAGUCAUUCUAUUUAUUCCCUCUUAUAAUUGCUAAUUUAUCUUAUAAUUAUUGUUAAUAUUAUCAGUCUUUUAUAGUGAAAUCUGAUCAGUAUUAUGUAUUUAUAUUUGUAAUUUCAAUAAAGAUCGACAUAUGUAUAAAUAUUUUCUACAAUCCACGAGAACCAUCAAUUUUAACAUUAGGUUACAUUAACAUUUGUAAUUGUACAUGUAUUUUAUUCACACACAAGUACUAUUCUAUACAACUUGUUUGCUUUUUUCAGGUUAUUUAUUUAGUAUUUUCGCAUUUAUAUGCCAUAUUUACCGUUUUGUUGAUUGUGUUGCUACUUUUAUUUGAUCAGUAAUAAAUUUUCUUUUUAAAGAUAAGUAUAUAAGACAGUCCUUAAAAAUGUAGUAUUUCAUGUAUAUAGCUGCGGUUAAAUAAGAGUACACAGUUUGAUUCGGAAUGAUUGUCUGAACUUUAUGCCAUGACUUAUGGCUUUGUUAAUUAUCACAUGAUUUAUUCGCCAAUCAGAACAUCGACUUAUGUGACUAGACCAAUGACGCACAAACCAGUACGAGCAGCCUUGCGUCAACUCUGAGUCCUGAUUGGUCCUUCUUUCCUAGUACUUACAACUGAGGCCAGAACACUAAUAUCAGCUUCCACUUUGCGGAUCAUUUAUUUCAGACACACUUGGUUUCUAUAUAAGCAAACCAGCCCACAUCAUGUCGUAAGAUAAAGAAUAACAAUUAUACAAGAUCAAGCCAAAAAGUGGCUGUGAUAGUGAGAUACUGUAACUAAUAGAUUGGGAAUAACUUAAUAAUAGUAAAUCGUAUAAUAGUGUCAAUUCGUCAAAUGGAAACUUAUAAUAAGAGGAAUAUGAAUAUACAUAUAAUAUAGUUACUUGAUAGUUAUCCAAUGAGAAUAUGCAAUACUAGUCUAUAAAUAGAUCCUAGCAGUUACCGUUCGUUUAUUCCUCAUUUGGAUAGAACACUAGUUUUGCACAAUUUUUACGUAGCAAAAUUUUAAAAUGAAAUGAUAUUAGUGAAUGAAUCCGUUAUCAAUAAAGCCAAGACAAUCCAGUGAUGAAUAGUAUUCCUUAGUUAAGUCAGUUAGUCUAUUAAUUUUGCAAAUUCUAUAGAGUAGAUUAUUGAUUAGCUGCUAGUUCAAAAUUAUUAAUUGGCCAAACAUUAAAAAUGAUGUGUAAUUUAUUAUCAUUAUUCCAAAUGUUGUUUUAAUUAGUA